AUGAGUGAAUUUGUGAGACAAGGUGUUGUGCGUGAUGAAAACGGUAAUUUAAUUAUACCUCCAACUAGACGUCCUGACGGGACAUGGAGAAAAGCUGUUCGCGUUAAGGAAGGAUACAUUCCUCAAGACGAGAUUCCAGUUUAUCGGUCUGCAGGUGUAAUAAUCCGUGAACAAAAGUCAAAAUUCGUAAUUCCAGGUUUAACCAAGGAGGAUGCUGAACGUCUCAGAUUAGAACGACAAAAGCAAUCAUCGCAGUCUGGAACAACACCAUCGAACACAGCUACAAAAAAGAAAAAGUCUAAGAAAGCUAAAUCUAAACAGACGGAGACACAACAAAUUCCAGAGCAAAAACCAAAACUUGACUCCAAAGAAUCAUCAUUACAACAAACAACAGAAGGUAAUAAUUGCGACGCUUCAAAUGAAUUACCUGCAACUACAAGUGAUAUCGAUCGAAAGCUUCGACGUGAACAGAAGAGAUUUCUUCAGAUAGAAGAAAUUGAAAGAAAAAAACAAGCUGGUGAAAAGUUGAACAAAGAUCAGUUAGAAAAGUUAAGUCAUAAAGCUACUGUUGAAAAACUUAUCGAAGAUUUGAAAGCUCUUAAAACCAAUUGA